UCAAAAAAAAAAAGCUCUUCUCUCUCUCUCUCUCUCUCAUCUCAGAUUUUUAUUUAUCAGAAAAAAGCCAAAACCUCUUAAAAUUGGGGUUCGGAGAAUUUGAAAUUCGAAUUUAGAGGCGAGAAUUUGGGGUUGGAGGAGAAUUUUCCGGAGCUUGGAGUUAAGUGAGCUAAUGCUCUGACGCUGGAAUUUCGGAGCUGAAAUCCCCAGACUCGGUGUCUGUUUGGGGAUAUAAGAAGAAGUAGUGUGAAUUUACCGAAAUGGGUCUCUGCACGUCCAAGCCGGCGUUCUCGACCUCCUCUACUUCGUCGCCGCAGUCGGAUUCUCAGCUCGGGAAAGAUCCGGCGAAGGAGAAUCCGAGCUCGGCGGAUGUGGAAAACCCUAGAAAUGAGCAGAACGGAGGAGUGGAGGAGGAGAGAGUGAUCGCCGUCAAGAAGUCGCCGUUCUUCCCGUUCUACAGUCCGAGCCCGGCGCACUACUUCUCGUCGAAGAAGUCUCCGGCGAGAUCUCCGGCGAAUGCGUCGGCCAAGUCGACGCCGAACCGGUUCUUCAAGCGGCCGUUCCCGCCGCCGUCGCCGGCGAAGCACAUACGGGCGCUGCUGGCGCGGCGGCACGGGACGGUGAAGCCGAACGAGGCGAUUCCGGAGGGGAGUGAGGUCGACGGAGGCGGCGUGGCUGGGCUGGACAAGAGCUUUGGGUUCUCGAAGCAUUUGAGUAACAAGUAUGAGCUCGGAGAAGAAGUUGGGCGAGGGCAUUUUGGGUAUACUUGCAAAGCUACCUUCAAGAAGGGUGAGCUCAAAGGCCAGCAGGCUGCAGUUAAAGUCAUCCCUAAAGUCAAGAUGACUACUGCGAUUGCGAUUGAGGAUGUGAGGAGGGAAGUCAAGAUAUUGAAGGCUUUGACCGGGCAUAGCAAUCUAGUGCAAUUUUACGACGCAUACGAAGACCAUGAUAAUGUCUACAUAGUUAUGGAGCUGUGUGAAGGAGGGGAGCUCUUGGAUAGGAUACUUGCGAGGGGUGGGAAAUAUACGGAGGAAGAUGCAAGGACCGUGAUGAUACAGAUAUUGAAUGUUGUUGCAUUUUGCCACCUCCAGGGUGUAGUCCAUCGUGAUCUUAAGCCGGAGAAUUUUCUGUUUACAUCGAUGGAUGAAGAUUCACAGUUGAAGGCUAUAGACUUUGGUCUUUCAGAUUUUGUUAAACCGGAUGAAAGGCUUAACGACAUUGUUGGUAGUGCAUACUAUGUAGCCCCGGAAGUGUUACAUAGGGCUUAUGGUACAGAGGCUGAUGUCUGGAGUGUAGGUGUAAUUGCAUACAUUCUAUUGUGUGGCAGCCGCCCAUUUUGGGCUCGAACUGAGUCUGGAAUUUUUCGGGCAGUUCUAAAAGCUGAUCCAAGUUUUGAUGAACCGCCUUGGCCAACUCUGUCUACAGAGGCAAGCGAUUUUGUCAAGCGCCUAUUGAAUAAAGACCCAAGGAAAAGAAUGACAGCUGCGCAGGCAUUAAGUCAUCCCUGGCUCAAAAAUUACAGCACUGUUAAAAUUCCUCUGGACAUACUAAUAUUCAAGCUCAUGAAGGUUUAUAUGCGGUCAUCACCUCUUCGCAAAACUGCUUUAAGGGCUCUUUCCAAGACAUUGACUGCUGAUGAGCUCUGCUUUUUAAAGGAGCAGUUUGCACUCUUAGAACCAAACAAAAAUGGCACAAUAAGCUUAGAAAAUAUUAAAACGGCCUUGAUGAAAAAUGCAACUGAUGCAAUGAAGGAGGCACGAAUUGCUGAUUUUCUAGCAUCGCUUAAUGCAUUACAAUACAGAAGGAUGGAUUUUGAGGAAUUUUGUACAGCUACACUAAGUGUCCACCAACUUGAGGCUCUGGACCGUUGGGAACAACAUGCUCGUUGUGCAUAUGAACUUUUUGAUAAGGAAGGCAAUCGGGCUAUUGUCAUUGAGGAACUGGCUUCGGAACUUGGUCUUGGCCCAUCUGUCCCUGUUCAUGCGGUUCUUCACGACUGGAUUAGGCACACCGAUGGGAAGCUGAGUUUCCUUGGAUUUGUGAAAUUGUUGCAUGGCGCAUCUAGUCGGGUGGUUGCAAAAGCUCAAUGACAGUGUCAAUGAGAUCAAGAAGUAUAGAUUGGCCAUGGUGUCUUGACCAAUAAAACAAUGCUUGGUUAAAUAAGAAAUUUUCUGGACCCGAUAUUCUUGAUUUUCACGGCUGCAAUCCAACACGAUCAUUUGAUGGAAUGCUCCAGCUCAUGUACACUGGGAGCGGAGUUAAUUUUAGUCGUGGUUUUUUCCACUGUAAAUCUGUAGUUUUAGUUAGUGUGUUUAGUUGCAGAUAGAAUAGUGCUCCAGACCGUUUUACCAGACGAUCACAGACCAUGUUUAUGACAUAUUGACUGGCGCGACAUGCGAUUACCUGUAUCAUUUCUCUGUAUCUCUCUUAUUAAGUUUCCAGCUAAAGUUGACAGAGGCUCAUUUCAGACAUCA